AGACCCGAAGAUGUGGUGAAAGCAAUGGAAUCCUGCCGUGGCAAAAUGUUUCUUGGGCUGGAAAUGGACAUUACAUUAUAUGAAGGUAAAUAUCAUACGUUUCUUUCAGCCGUCCCGUACUGAUUUUAUACUCUUCCCUGAAACCCAUCAAAUGUGUUCGCAACAGGCUUGUAGCAAGUUUGUCAACAAGUUGCGACAACACUGUUAUUUUAUCAAGUUGCUACAAGUUUGUCACUCGUACCUUGUUGACAAGUUCAGGGUUUUUUCCAGGAUUUUCUCCUGGGUCCGUUUUUGUAGAGAAGAUUGAGUUCAACUGGACAGUUGGGGUGGCUACGUGGUGGCUAGCACCUGUACUCAAUACGUGUAGUUGAGACGGAAUGUGUUAAAGCAGGGACACUAUAAACCGGUUAAAGAUGGCUUGUUGGGCUUCCAACUGAAAACUAAUUUCCAGACGUUACAAAAUUUUAUAACUCAAACAACUUCAUUUUUACUGCACUGAAACUUUGGUGAGAAGAUUGAGUUUCAAAACUCAAUUCAAUAUUGAGUUUUUGGGGCCUAAAAAAUCCCUGAAAAAAACCCUGCAAGUUGUCGAAUUGCACAAUGAUAACAAAUAGUUAUAGAACAACUUGUUACAAGUCUGUUGAGCUUAACAACCUUGUAGCAGGUUUUUUUAACAAACCGUUGAGAGCUGGGAACAAGCAGUGCGAACACAUCCUGGUGACAAGUUGUCGGAACAGCAUUGCAAAUGCAGGUUUGUUACAACUUGUGCGUUUUUACGUGUGUAGGUGAUGAGCAAGAGGAACGUUCGUUCCAUCGCUACAAACGUCGCAGUGACGCCGGGGGACCUGGGUUCAACUCAGCUGAUGAUGUAUACCAGUUCAAUGCCACAAGGACGAUAUUUGUUGGAAACAUCGAGAGGAAUACGAAUUCAGCUGAACUAAAAAGAAUGUUUGAACGAUAUGGGGAAAUUGUUGUAAGUAUAUGUACUAUUUAAAACACGAGAAGGAGUGUUUUAUCAGAUAUAAAACGCGAGGCGCAGCCGAGCGUUUAUGUCUGAUAAAACACGACAACGAGUGUUUUGAAUAGCUUAAAAUACGACUACAAAAGAAUACUAAUUAGGAUGAACCAUUAUAUAAUCAUACUAAUUAGGAUGAACAAUUAUAUAAUGCCUCGUGCUUUAUCAGAUAUAAAGUUACUCCACGUGACAUAUGGCUGACAUGAUUUGCCACAAGGUUCAUGAAUUAUUAAUGAGUAUUUUAAAACUAUAUAUAACUAUAUAUGUUUACUGGAUAGCUUUAUCGUUCUAAACUGCUCUCCUUAGGCACAGUAAAAGGCAGAACUAAGAUGUAUUUUCAUUUCUUAGGAUAUUGACAUUAAAAAGCAAGGCACAAAUGGCGCUUAUGCAUUCAUCCAGUAUCUGGACAUAACUCAUGCUGUUGAUGCGAAGAAACAGAUGAACCGCUCUCUUGCUGGACGUAAUAGAUUAAAGGUAUGCAUACACGAAUAUAUAUAUAUAUGUAUAUAUAUGUAUAUAUAUAUAUAUAUAUAUAUAUAUAUAUAUAUAUAUAUAUAUAUAUAUAUAUAUAUAUAUAUAUAUAUAUAUAUAUAUAUAUAUAUAUAUAUAUAUAUAUAUAUAUAUAUAUAUAUAUAUAUAUAUAUAUAAAUAACAAAUCAACUAGAGAGGAUGAAAUUAAAUAUGCCUAUAUUUAAAGAUUCCCUUCAUUAAUGAAGAAUUUAGACGGCGUGCCCUUGCAGUGAUAAAACGAUCAGGAAUAGACAGUGUCAGAAUUCAAUUUAUGAACGGCAAAUCAUUGCGUAGAGUAUUUGCUCCACCCAGAGAACGGCACAUUGCCCUAAAGCUUGUGAAACAUGUAAAUGUACCAACAAAGUCGAUAAAUGUCUCAACAAGAAUGUAGUUUAUAAAAUUAAGUGCUCAUACUGCGAGGCAUUAUAUAUAGGAGAAACGGGUAGGACAACAGGCACACGCAUCAAAGAAAACAUGACGAUGAAACAGCAAACAGUAUAUAAGCAUUUGAUGUCCCACAAGAGAAAGAACCAGACUGUCGGAAACUGUCGUAAUUUAGAAUUAUUUAUGUUCACGCGUGGGACGCGCGAGUCCAAACUUUAGACACUUCGGAAAGUUCCGGAUUAUACCGGUGGUUGUUGUUUUUUAAAAAGAGAACUUAAAAACAUGUGGCUGUGAGACUGUGAAAUUUGUGAUUUUGUAAUAGAUAUUAUACUGUGAUUUGUUUUGAUUUAUUUUGGGCGAUACUUGGAGGCAAUCCCCAACAUAGGCCACCUACCGACGCGAUUUUAGCUGUGUUUUGGUACAAAUAUCCAAAGCAUUUAUAUCGAGAUUUUGUUGUGAUUUGUGACGAGCGUGA